CGUCAUUUCCGGUGCGCCGCCGGCUCCCAGCGUGUUCUGCCUGCCCGGGGAGCUCGCACGCGGCAGCUCGCGGUAUUCACUAACCCCCCCCGCCCGGGCAGCCCGCGGUCAGUCAGUCAGUCAGGGAGCCGGCAUGGCGGUCUCGUUCCGGCAGCGCACCGUCCUGGCCCCCAUGGUCCGGGUGGGCUCGCUCCCCAUGCGGCUGCUGGCCCUGCAGUACGGCGCCGGCCUGGUGUACAGCGAGGAGCUGGUGGACCUGAAGCUGCUGCAGUGCCAGCGGGUGGAGAACCGGCUGCUGGGGACGGUGGACUUCGUGGCCCCCGCGGACAGGGUGGUGUUCCAGACCUGCCCCCAGGAGCGCGGCCGCGUGGUGUUCCAGAUGGGCACGGCGGACCCGGAGCGAGCGCUGGCCGUGGCCCGGCUGGUGGAGCACGACGUGGCGGCCAUCGACGUCAACAUGGGCUGCCCCAAGGACUACUCCACCAAGGGGGGCAUGGGGGCGGCCCUGCUGGCUGACCCGGCCAAGAUCGAGCGGAUACUGACCGCCCUGGUAACCGGGAUAUCCAAACCCGUCACCUGCAAGAUCCGCAUCCUGCCCUCGCUCGAAGAAACCCUCAGCCUGGCCAAAACCAUCGAGCGAACCGGCGUAGCCGCCAUCGCUGUGCACGGGAGGAAGAAGGAAGAGCGUCCGCAGCACCCCGUCCACUGCGACGUUAUUCGAGCCAUCGCAGAAGCAGUGUCUAUCCCUGUCAUCGCCAACGGAGGCUCACAAGAAAUUAUCAAAGAAUUCAGGGACAUAGAGACAUUCCGGGCUGCUACAGGGGCUUCGUCAGUCAUGAUUGCGCGAGCAGCAAUGUGGAACCCAUCCAUAUUCAGAGAAGAGGGGAUAUUGCCUCUGGAAGAAGUCGUCCGCGAUUACAUUAGGAUUGUCGUAAACUAUGACAACCACUACACUAACACAAAGUAUUGCCUGUGUCAAAUGUUACGAGAGCAGCUUGAAACUCCGUUGGGAAAGAGACUUCAUGCAGCGCAGUCCACACAGGAAAUCUGUGACCUUUUUGACAUGAGUUCUUUCUACAAAAGUGUAAUGGAUUCUAAGGAAUCCAGAAAAACUGGAUUAGACCUUGGUGAUUUAAAUAAUUCUAGUUGUGUGGAUAAUGACAAUGACGAUCCCAGCAUUACGUGUUUACCUGUUAAAUUUGACAAACGAGAGUACCCACCACAGAUCACACCCAAAAUGUUCCUGCUGGAGUGGUGUAGGAGGGAGAAGUUGCCGCAGCCUGUUUACCAAACUGUGCAACGACCCCUUGAUAAGUUUUUCCGUUCCGUUGUCACCGUGGAUGAAAAGAAAUAUCGCUCCACGCUAUGGGACAAAUCAAAAAAGCUUGCGGAGCAGGCUGCAGCCAUUGUGUGUCUCCGUGUUUUGGGAUUAAAAGAGGGCAAGCUGGGCGAGCCUGAGAGUGAUCUAGUUCGUAAAAGAAAACGUGAUUUACUUGGCAAAGUGGAAGAUAAAUGGAGCCCACCUUUGGAAGCACAAAAUAAGAGACCACACCAUAAUUGUGAAAAGCAGGAGAACUCAGAUGGCUUGCAUGAACUGUGACAAGCAAUGCAUUUUCUACAAUCAUCUAGCUUACCUUGAAAGUUUGAUGUGUCUCUUGUCCCCCCUGCCCCCUGUUAAUCCUCAGAAGCUAGGAUAGAGUGGGGUGGGAUUGGGCACAGUAAAGGUGGAGUAGAUGUACUAAGUAUUUGUUCAUGCCAUUACCCACUCUCCAUUUCACUCGCCAGUGAAACACAUUGACUACCAGUUACUUAUGGAAAGGCGUAUUACUUUAAAAGAACAAUCCAAAUAAGUCUACUGUUGUUAUGCUGUACCCUAGUGAUCUGGUGCUGUCAGUGUAAUCUGUUAAAGGGACUCUAUAGUCACCAGAACUACAGCUUAAUGUAAUUGUUCUGGUGUCUAUAGUCUGUCUCUGUAUGCCUUUUAAUGUACACGGCAGUGCUUACAUUUCUCCUUAGGAAUACCUCUAGAGGCUGUCACUCAGAUGUCUACUAGAUGUGCCUCAUGGGUCAGUGCUGCAAGGAGGCGCUGAAUAGUCUUCAUAGAGAUUAAUUUAUUCAAUGCAUCUGUAUUUGGAGAUACUGAUUGGUGCAGCAAUUUGCAGUGCAUGUGCUUUAGCCUCCCAAUGCGUGCUUAGGGAAAGCAUUGGAUUGGCUGAGAUCAUUAACUUUGAUCUGAGCCAUUGAUGUGGGGCCAGCUGCAGCGAGACCCAUGUAGCACUGGAAGAAACAUAAAUAGACUUACCUUUUACACCUCUGACAGGGGUGCUGUUGUCCUAGAUAUAGCUAUUAGAACUGUGGUGUCAGGAAUACACAUUUGUUAUAUUUUCUGUUAAGUCAUAUUUAGGGGGUUUGACGACUUAUAUGGGUCCCCAACGCGUCAGUGCACAUUUGUAAUGUAAUCCUGCAGAUCCAGAUAAAUUACACUUGAAUGCGCCAGGGCACUCCAGUACAGUAUGCUGUAGUGGUUAUGGUGCAUGGAUUGUUCCUUUAUAUAUAUUCAGUUAUGCGGUUGUUGCUAUGAUACUCUGUGGUAUUUACAUGUUUUCACACAUCAGGACACAUAUUCCAUGCAAAACACGCAUGGAUCUACCAAGUUAUGGUGUCUGUUUUUUGCCACAAUUUUAAUUCUGAAACAUGGGUGUAGAACGUCCAGUAAUAUUAUUUAGAGAAUGCUAUGAUUUGUGGCUAAGACAAAGAUACUCAGCUGUUUCAAAGCUAUAACUCCCAAAAUGCAUUGCCGUCCGUACAGUUUGUAAAGCAACAUGGGUGAUGUUCUUCAGCAGCUUAGGAUCUGCCUGUUGGCUACCCCUGCAAUAAGAUAACCGAAGCACAAAUGCAGGGCAGCUGUAGAGCUUCUCCUCCUUGUGAAUGAUCAAUCCGCUAAGCCAGUCGUGUGCUGUAAAACAAACCGCAGCCGUGUGCUGUAAAACAAACCGCAGCGUAUUUUUUUGUUUUUUAAGCUCCCCGGCACCUUUAGUGUGCUGGACAAGCUGAGCCGUUUUGGCAGAUUCCUUUCACCGAUAUUUUGCAGUAUGCUGCUCACGGGUUUGACCUACAGAACUUCUGAAAUUCCUUUACAUUUGUUUUGUUGUGGGUGACCUGCUACUGUUGCAACAUUGCACUAACGUAAUUUAUUUUUUCAAAGUUUGUGCCUUUACAUUUUACAAAUGUAAUUUUACAUUUAAUACAUGGCUUUCAGCUUGUGCCUUUCGCAGUUUUAAUUUCACAAAUGAUAUUAAAUGUAUGUUAUUUAAUAUUUGUGUCUUGUGAUUUCCUUUGAUUUAUAAUCCAAGUUUGGCACAGUAAAGGUGAAGAGAAUGCAGCACAAUUUAUAUUAUGUAGUUUGUUUUUUUAUUAAUAUUUAAAAUACUGAAAACUGAAAUUCUGUCGCAUAAAUGCCUUCCUUUAGGGUAUUGUGCUUGCAGCUAGGCAAAUGGGACGUUGUAUUCCGUACCUAAAGCAAUUAAAAAAUUACAAGAUGGGCGAUCCUCAUACCAUAAUGCCCUGCACGAAUUUGUCAAAUCGCUAGC